UGACGUCAAUAUAUUUGAGACAUCUGACAGCUGACAUGUUGCUUAUGUUUGCAAACAGCAGAUUUAAUGCAAUGAGUUUUACUAAAAUGUCAGUCUCUCUGUUACAGCUGUUGUGGUUUCUAGCAAGGAGACAAUGGUUGUCAGGUAGCAGAUAGAUAUCACCAAAACCUCUGAUUCAGAAGAGAGAGUCUUGGACAUAACCAAAAUGUAAUAGUGGAAUCGAUGCCCCUUUGAAUCGGAAUGUAAUUUUUUAAUGGAGAAUUUAUAAAUCCAGAACUUUCCCUCUUUAUUUUUUACCAGACAUAUUUUAGCUUCAGGUUUUAAAAAUUGCCAUCCACUAGGGGGCGACAUAGAAACGUGAGCUGCUUCAGAUUUGAUCCCUCUCGGUUACCAUACAUGCCUGCGCUCUGUGUUGGCGCAUUUUAAAAGAAACUCGACGACUGUUUUCCUUCUCAUCGUUUAUGCAUCAGCCUGGCACCGCAAGUCUCUCUGGCUUGUGCCGGGUCACCGAGCACCUUUUCCUGAGUAGUAGCAGAGCAGCUAAGGACUCCUCCCAGGUGACUGGAAAUGGGAUAACCUGCAUCAUAAACGCCACAGAAACCAAGAACGAUGCUGCGCCUCCUCCCGGAGUGGAGUACAUCCACAUCCCGGUGCCCGACUCCCCGAAGUCCCCGCUCAGGGACCACUUUGACCAGGUGGCGGAUAAAAUACAGAGCACAGCAGAGGGCCACGGCUGCACACUGGUGCACUGCAACGCCGGGGUGAGCCGCUCCGCCGCCCUCUGCUUGGCCUAUCUCAUGAAGCACCGCGGGGCCAGCCUGCUGGAGGCCCACCGGCUGCUGAAGAGCUGUCGGCCUAUCGUCAGGCCGAACCCCGGGUUCUGGAGGCAGCUCAUCCAGUAUGAGGCGGAGCUGCGUGGGAGCAGUUCAGUCAGGAUGGUGCCUUCUUCUUUUGGAGAGAUACCUGACAUUUACGAAGAGGAGACCCGGAACAUGGUCCUUCUGUGAAGAGACACUGACUCACUGGGGGGGAAUAAAUACUGUGGCGCUGAUGAGCAGCGAUGUAAACAUGAGUCACCUUUGGGUUAAAAAGACAGACCUACUGGCACUGAGAGAGUUUUAGAAACUGUUUAAUACAAUCUAAAUAAAUA